CAUUGCUUGCAUCAACUUUUGCUCUCUGCUUUGCAGGAAAACCCCAGUUCCCAACCAUGACUCUCCAUUCUGUUUCAGGGAACUGUGAACGAAAUUCAGAAAGCGUUGUUGAUGUUGAAAACUGCACUGACAUAAACUGGGAUGAGCUUGGAUUCAAUCCAGUUCCGACAGAUUUCAUGUAUGUCAUGAAAUGUGCAAAAGGAGACAACUUUGCUGAAGGAUCCCUCGUUCCCUUUGGAAACAUAGAGAUCAACCCUUUUGCCACGAUAUUUAAUUAUGGACAGGGAAUCUUUGAGGGGCUUAAGGCAUAUAGAACUGAAGAUGGGCACAUAGUGCUGUUUAGACCAGAACAGAAUGCCCAACGAAUGAAGAUAGGGGCAGACAGAUUUUGCAUGCCAUCCCCAUCCAUUGAUCAGUUCAUUAACGCUGUAAAACAGACAGCUCUUGCCAACAAACGUUGGGUGCCUCCACUAGGGAAAGGAUCAUUGUAUAUUAGGCCAUUGCUCAUGGGAACAGGAGCUUCUUUAAGCGUUGUUCCUGCACCAGAGUACACGCUACUUGUUUAUUGUUCUCCUGUCACUAACUACCACAAGGGUGCACUGAACUUGAAAGUGGAGAGUAAGUUCUAUCGAGCAAUAUCUGGCACUGGUGGAACCGGAGGGAUCAAGAGUGUUACCAACUAUGCCCCUGUUUAUGCUGCAACCACUGCAGCGAGGGCUGAUGGAUUCUCUGAUGUCUUGUUCUUGGACUCAGCAACUGGAAAAAACAUAGAAGAGGUUUCUGCAUGCAAUGUGUUUGUUGUGAAGGGUAAUAGUAUCUGCACUCCGGAAACAAAUGGAGCCAUUCUGCCUGGGAUCACACGAAAAUCCAUCAUUGAAAUUGCCUUAGAUUUGGGGUAUCAGGUCAUGGAACGUGCCAUAUCAUUGGAGGAGAUGCUAGAUGCUGAUGAAGUGUUCUGCACAGGAACUGCAGUUGUUGUCAACUCUGUUUCAUCUGUAACCUUCAAGGAAACAAGAGCUGAAUACAAAACAGGAGCAGAAUCAUUGUCCCAAAAACUGCGGAAAAUACUAGUUGGAAUUCAAACUGGGUCUAUUGAAGACUCAAGGGGCUGGACAGUUCGAAUAGAUUGAUCGAUUUGCACAACUUGCCCUAUGGCUUGACUCGGAUUUUUAGCUAUGCGGAUAUGCACGAAACGUGCCUCACUUCUAUUUUCUUUUUUUUUUUCUUUCCUUUUCCCCUCCCAAUACGAUGAUGACUCGGAUGUAUUAUUGGGAGAGGAAAAUAUUUUGAAAAUAAAUGAAAAGAAUAACUAUUUUGCACAAUAUAAUAAAAAUAAAAAGA